AUGCGGGCGGUGCUGCCUGGCAGGCCCCCAGCGAAGCUCCAGACCCUGAGCACCGCGCUGUGGGAAAAUGUCCGCAUAAUUUCCUACAUUUCCGGCAAUGCUCUCGUCAUCCUCACCGGAGCGCACAAGCUCCAACAGACCAUCUACCUGGAUGACGCGGAACAACUCGAAGCUAUCGUAAUCGAUGAAGCUUCGGGUAGAAUUGCGGUGGCUGGGGGUCCGGAUAUUUCGGUUUUUAACCCAUAUCUGGUUGGCGAUGAUACCUGGAAGUGGAGUUUAUGCCAUACGUUUCGCGCCCCGGACGACGACGGGAGAGUCAAUGUGCUAUCAUGGGGCGCCGCCAAUGAGCUCCUUGCUGGUAACUCGCGCCUAGCUCUCUGGAACCUCACGGACGAGCCGCAAAUAAUCUGGACGAGAGACAUAGCAAAUCCGGUCAAAUUUGCGCAAUUCUCCCACGAUGCAAGCUUGAUAGCGUCCACGGGCCAAUACGAUCGUCUGGUCAAGAUAUGGAAACGACUCUCUUUCAACACGCACGAUGUCCGCUUCGAGAUCUCCUACCUUCCUCACCCAGAUACCGUCACAGGCAUGCACUGGAGGCGGCCGCAACAUCCGGAACAGACCAUGGACAAUAUUCUUUAUACGAUAUGUGCGGAUAAUAAAAUACGGGUUUGGUCGGCCAUGGAUCGGACAGGUUCCAUGUCGGCGCUACAACUUUGGACAGAGAUCGAUAUGGUUGAUGCGAUUCAGCCAAGGCAACCUGAUAAUAGUGAGUUUGGAAAAAGGAGGUAUGGGUUCAUAAUUGACGGUCGAGACUUUUCCGUUGCUACGGAACAUGCCGUCCAGUCCGGGGCUACACAACAAGGGGAUAAUCCUGCGCUGGAGCAUCUUGUGGAAGUGGCAACAAAAAGCCCGGAAGUGUGUAUUGUCAUGGAUGGCAGAGGCCAUAUGUCUGCAUGGGGACUUGAGAAUGUCGGAUGCAAAGCACGGCCAUCCCAGAAUAUGUUCAAUAUAACACAUGUGGAAGGAUUGAACAUAUCCUUUGCUUCAGGCAUUCAACCAAGUGAUGACUAUGCCCAAUUUUAUGCCUUUGCUGGUGGAGAAUCUGAAGACUCGUUCACGAUUUUGGUCCAUUAUUUUGAUGGGCGGAUUGAGUGGUUUGACUCCAGGGUGGAGGUGUUGUUUGAUCCAUCGCAGCGAAAGAGGCGGUUGACUUCCAGAGCAGUAUGGUCCGGGCAUGCAGGACCUGUCAAGAAGAUAGUACGGAAUGUCAGUGGGAAAGUUCUUGUUUCGCGUACUGAUGAUAACAAGGCCACGGUUUGGCGACAGAGGGCUAGCAGUUCCGGUUCUGUUCUUGUUCGACAAAGUGCUCUCUACUCAGAUCUUCAUAUUCACCGCACUUGUUUGAUUGGUGAUGGGAAAUUCCUGAUAAAUCUACACCACAAAAGCAUUUCUCUUUGGGAUACCCGCUCAUUAUAUGCGGAGAGGGUGGCGACAUGCGAUUUCAGGUUGGCGUCGAAACCACUUUGUGUCUUACUCCUACCGACUACUGAGGAGAACAGUUCAACCGUCUACGUGGCGGCAAUUGCCGCCGAUAUGACUGGAGUUGCUUGGGAAAUUGGGCUUCCAGAAGAGCAUGUUAUUGUGAAUGGGGCAAAUGGAUUCCAUAGUCCUAAGAUGCGGGAAUUUUGCACGUUCAAUCUCGGUAUUGAUGAAGAUGUGGCUUAUAUUUUACCAAUCGACCCAGCGGGCUCUUCUAUGAUGAUUUCCGGUUUCCUUGAUCUUUUUGCAACUGAUAUAGCUCUGUCAUACACCAACAGUGGAACAGUCAGGACCUGGACGGCGAAAGUUGAUAAGGAGUACGAGAAAAUUGAUUGGCUCCUAACCUCUACGGUUGAGACUGGGAUAGGUAACCCGUCACUUGCUAGCGGUGCUUCAAUGCGAAAGGCAGCAAUCGUUGACCAAAAUCGAACCCGACUCACGAUAUGGGAUACCACUGGAUCUCAGUUGGAGUUUGAGGAGAGUUUUUCGCAUCAGGAUAUUAUCAAGGAUCUAGAUUGGGCGUCAACACCUCAUACUCAAUCCAUUCUGGCCGUUGGAUUUCCCCACAAGGUGGUUCUUAUGUCCCAGCUACGGUACGACUACCUUGACGCAGGGCCAUCCUGGACGCAGAUCAGGGAAAUCUGUAUACGGGAUCUAACACCUCACCCGAUUGGUGACUCUUGCUGGCUUGGCAACGGUAAUCUUGUUGUUGGAUCUGGCAAUCAGCUAUUUGUCUAUGACAAGCAUAUCGAACUCAGCAACUGGUUGGUCACUAAUCUUCGUCUCCCAGCGCGUCAGACGUAUGUGGAUCUUUUCGACGCUGUUAGUCGGUUGAAUGGCACAUUACCAGUGUUUCAUCCCCAGUUUUUGUCACAAUGCAUUCUUUCCGGAAAGACAAAUUUGGUACACCUAAUUCUCACAAGUCUGUAUCGAAAACUUAAAUUCUAUACCGAGGGGGACGAACUUGAUGCAUUCCUGGAUAUCCCGCUUGAAGACAUAUAUCGAAAUGACGAUAUAUUGACAAAGGUAAAUUGGAAAGAAAUGAAUUCACACUAUGCCGACUUUACAACGGAUGAUGAAGCUUCUGUUGUGGAUGAGACGCUCGCAAGGUCGCUGAAUGAGAAUUUGAUGCGAGUCGCGUUGCCUCAACUAACAAGUACGGAGCAGUUCCGUGUUGUUGAUAUUAUUGAAUGUGUGGCAACUGUCGACAAAUAUCGUCGGUCAAUGGAUGACAACGCUGCCCGGUAUAUACUUUUCUUCCGGCAACACAUGCUAAGGAAAAGCCAGGGUCUUCCAGAACAGCCCUCUAUCUCAUGGCGCGAGAUUGUAUGGGCUUUGCACAGCGACAGUCAUGAGAUCCUCGCGGAUCUGGUCUCCAGGCAAUACCAUAGCAAAAUGCUUUGGGAACAUGCGAGGGAGAGCGGAUUAUUCAUGUGGAUUACGGAUUUGAAUGCCUUGCGAACUCAACUUGAAGUCAUUGCGCGCAACGAAUAUACCAAAACAGACGAAAAGAAUCCCAUCGACUGCAGCCUUUAUUACCUCGCGCUUAGGAAGAAGAACGUUCUCCAGGGUCUUUGGCGAAUGGCAAACUGGAAUCGUGAACAGUCUGCGACCCAGAGGCUAUUGUGCAAUAACUUUAACGAACCAAGGUGGAGAACAGCGGCACUUAAAAAUGCAUAUGCAUUGCUUGGGAAACGGAGAUUUGAGUAUGCUGCUGCUUUCUUUCUGCUGGCAGACCACCUGCGUGAUGCUGUUUACGUAUGCAUGAAUCAACUCCAGGACGUGCAGUUGGCUGUUACGAUUUCAAGAGCCUACGAAGGGGAUGAUGGGCCAGUGCUCAAGGAGAUCUUAGAGAAAAUUCUUGUCAAUGCUACUUCUGAAGGAAAUCGGUGGAUGGCAACAUGGGGUUUUUGGUUAUUAAAUCGACGAGAUAUGGCUGUACGCGCGUUGAUAUCACCAAUUGAAACUCUUAUCGCAUCCUCACUCUCCUCUCCCACUCACCCUGGGACAAUUGCGCUACAGGCAAAAUCGUACCUAUCCAACGAUCCUGCCCUUGUCAUCCUCUACAAACAACUCCGCGACAAGACCAUGCAAACACUUACAGGCGCGAUGAAAAUCCCAGCCAGGGACGAGUGGGAAUUUGUCAUGCGCAACGCCCGGCUAUAUGACCGCAUGGGCUGCGAUCUUCUCGCUCUCAACCUCGUGCGGGAAUGGGAGUUCCUUAAACCGUCUCCUCUACCCAGAAAAAAUCAACCCACACCUUUAUCAUUCGCAACGCCGGAUCUGCGAAAGCUGCUGAAACGGAGGAGCAGUUUGGUUGUUGCUGAUAUGCCUCUAUCGUCAGGGUUACAGGAGGAGUUGAAGAGUCAAAUUAGUCCGAAGAAUGGGAAGCAUAGGUCCCCGUCUAUGUUUGAGGAACCGGAUUCCAAUUCAUUGUUGGAUAUAUACCCAUACUUAAUUAUUCUCUGUCACAAGAGAGACCUGAAACUAUCCCGUUCUCCGCUGGGCCUAUCUCCAUCGAUAAACUACACCAAGCACCAUGACAUGGCUGUGACAGGCCCGUCUCCGUCCAACCACAGUGAUUCUGUGAGACAGUCCCGGUCCUCCGGCUCAGGUUCAUCGAGGUGCAUCACAGAGACACAUUUUGGCCAUGAUGGCAUCGAUGAUAGUGUCAGUUAUUUUCAUCCUGACAAUGAGAACAUGGACGACAAUUCCCGUACAGAAGAACAGCAACGCCCCCGAACCUCCCCGCAAAGUUUCACCGCACGAUCCCUAUUCAUGGGUCUCGCAAUCGGUACUCUCAUCACCUUCUCAAACACAUACUUCGGUCUCCAGACGGGCUGGAUCAGCGGCAUGGCAAUGCCGUCUGCUCUGAUCGGAUUUGCCGUCUUCAAGUCCAUGUCCCGACAUCUCUCAUUCCCCUUCACACCAAUCGAAAAUGUUCUUAUUCAGACAGUUGCGGGGGCUGUGGGGACAAUGCCAUUGGGCUGUGGGUUUGUGGGUGUGAUCCCUGCGAUGGAGUUUUUGCUAAGGGAGGGACCUGAUGGGAAGAAUGGAGGCGAUGAUGGACAAGGUGAAGGGGGCCCUUUGAAGUUGUCGUUUUGGAAAUUGGUUGUUUGGAGUUUGGGUGUCUGUUUAUUUGGGGUUGUGUUUGCGGUGCCGUUGCGAAGGGAUGUUAUUGUGAGGGAGAAAUUGAAGUUUCCAAGUGGGACGGCGACGGCGUUGGUAAUCAGGGUGCUACAUGGCGGUGGGAAGACAGAGGAGAAUGGGAAGGGAACCGAGGCAGAUGCUGAAAGAGAGAGGCGGAGGUCGAGGUCGGCACAUGAACAGGAAUCGCUAUCUCGUAAUGAUGGGGAGGACACCUCGCAUUCGAUUUCGAAUUUUGCACUUGCUGAGCGGGAUAGGAGGAAAGAUUGGAAGGAGAAGAUUAAAUUGUUGACCUACGCAUUUGGGAUAUCUGCGGUAUAUACUCUCAUCUCCUAUUUCAUUCCGCAUCUUCGCGAUCUUCCUAUUCUUGGGUCUCCACUUGCAACUCACUGGCUGUGGACACUAAAUCCUUCCCCAGCAUAUAUUGGCCAGGGUAUAAUAAUGGGACCUUCGACAUCCCUGCAUAUGUUAAUCGGGGCGAUUUUGGGUUGGGGAUUACUUUCUCCACUUGCCAAACAUCGGGGAUGGGCUCCUGGGCCUGUCGACAGCUGGAAAGACGGCAGCAAAGGCUGGAUUGUCUGGGUUUCCCUCUCCAUCAUGCUCGCGGACUCAAUCAUCAGCCUUGGCUGGUUGAUUGUCCGACCAUUUAUCACGUACGGGCCGGGCCUUCUAGCGAAAAUACAGCACAACAUAACCCGGAAAAACUUCUGGCGGAAUCUUUUGACAUUCUCUUCUCGCCGAACAGGUUAUACAGCCAUUAGCCACACCGUUAUAAAGGAGCACGAAGAGCAUGAUGCCCCAUCGUCCGAGCUCAUAUCCACAGGUACUGUACUCAUCCUCCUCCCGCUCACACUAGUCCUCAACGUGAUGUGCAUGCACAUUAGCUUUGGUAGCCUUAUCAACCCUGCUCUCUCAACCCUCGCCACCAUUCUCGCCCUGUUCCUCUCCAUAAUGGGUGUUCGUGCCCAAGGCGAGACGGACCUCAACCCCGUAUCCGGGAUCAGCAAAUUAACCCAGUUAAUCUUCGCCUUUGCAACCCCGACCUCCAGCCACACCCGUCGCACCGCAGUCGUCACGAACCUCCUAGCCGGAGCCGUCUCCGAAGCUGGCGCUCUACAAGCAGGUGACAUGAUGCAAGACCUCAAAACCGGCCACCUGCUGGGUGCCAGCCCCAAAGCACAGUUCUAUGGACAAGUCAUCGGCAGCCUCUUUGGCGCUGUGGUUUCCGCUGCGGUGUACAAAUUGUACAUCUCUGUAUACGACGUACCUAGCUCCAUGUUCCAGGUACCCACGGCAUACGUAUGGAUAUUCACCGCGCGACUAGUGACGGGACAGGGCCUGCCAGCCAUGGCAUGGCCGGUAGCCGCGAUUGCUGGCCUGAUGUUUGCCAGCACCACGAUUUUGAGAAUCAUUGGCGCGUCACCUUCGUUUUCGGUACCUACGAAUGGGAAAGGUGGUUUUGGGGGAAGAAGGGGAAGUGCACCAUGGCGCGCAUGGAUACCAGGCGGCAUUGCAGUUGCUGUGGGUAUGUAUAAUGUGCCAUCAUUCACACUUGCCAGGGCCAUUGGGGGAGUUAUCGCAUGGUGGUGGGGUCGUAAACGACAACGACACAGCCAACGAAGAGGCCAUUCCGAAAGAGAUGGUACGGAUGAUAGUCAUGCCCGCCUACUUACGCUGUCGAAUAAUGGAGACGAUGACGAUAACGCGACUGAGCUACCAUCUGGGAGAUCGGGUUCCUUUGCUGUUAGGCGUGGUGAUGAGGAUGGUGGUGUGGGAGAUAAUGCUGCGAUUGGCUACGGCCAGGAUGAGAAUGACGAUUCAGACGCGGGGUCGACUGUUGUGAUUCUUGCGUCUGGUCUUAUUUUGGGAGAGGGGGUCGUGAGUAUUAUCAAUCUAGUACUGGCGAGUGCUGGAGUUCCCCAUCUGUGA